ACCACAUUCCUUUCUUUUUGACGUUUCGUCGUAAAAACAAGCAUUGUGCGAAAAAAUAAAAACAUUACGAAAUGGCAAAAUCAAUUCGUAGCAAAUGGAAGCGAAAAUGCAGGGCCAUAAAACGGGAAAGAUACGCCGUCAAGGAAUUGGCAAGAUUAAAAAAGAUGCUGGGUAUAAAAGAGGAAGAAAAAACUACCGAAGAGGUUAUGGAGAGUGAGCAAGUGAUUUACUUGGAUGCUGGCGAGAUUGGAAAGAGAAAAAAGAAAGAAAAGCCACCGCCUGACGUCGAAGAAGAUGUUGAAAUGAGCUCAGACGACGAGAACGUAGAAGUAUCUGCUGAAAAUGGCGAGAAAAAAAUAUACAGUUCAAAAACAUUGAAAGAUCAAAACGGUCAGUAUCCCGUAUGGUUGCACAAGAGGAAGAUCGCGAAACUAAAUAAAGUUGGUAAGAAAAACACAAAAAAGCGCAUGAAGAAGCGAAGACGAUAGUAAUAUGCUUGUUAUUCAUUAAAAUAGUUAAUACAA